AUGGAAAAACACAUCAUACUCUUCCUCUCCAUCCUCAUCCCCAUCAUCAUCGCAGUCCUCCUAGGAAUCACCCUCACAGUCCUCCUAGGAAUCACCCUCACAGUCCUCCUAGGAAUCACCCUCACAGUCCUCCUCUUCAUGACGGAAGCGCGGGACGCCGAGCAGGCCACAUGUAAUCUUACACACACGACAUCCGAAGGGAGAAAAACACAAUGUCCGCAUUGCGGAUCGGACUUGGAAAAGGGCGCGGCCGUCAAAGAGGCCGCUGAAGGGAAGGUCCCGGUUUUGGUUAAGGAUGCGGUGAUUUGGAUUUGA